UCUAACCUCUAUUGUGUUUUUAAUUCAAGUCUAAGCUCACAAAAUUAGCUUUAGAUCUAAACACUCUCUCUCUCUCUAAAACUUUGCCACUAAUUUCUUUGUCAACCCUUAAAACCCCAACUUUUUUACCAUAAAAUUCCCGUAAUUAUUUCUCAUACUUCUAUUUAAUCUUCACUUUUUCUAUAUAUUAUCGUCACCUACCGAAUAAUAAUUCAGUACCUACCAUAACCACAAGAGCUCUUCUCCUUUUCCUCAGCCACCAAAUUCGAAUUUGGUUGCUUUUGUGUAAUUGAUCAAUAAAACUUUUGAUUUUUGAUAUCAGAAGAGAUAAAAGUUUUGAUCUUUGAUAUAAAAAAGGAAAUUUGAUUUUGUAAGAGAUGAUGAUAACUAGUGUGAAGCAAACCACCAUUUCUUUCACAAAUCCCUAUGUAUUGAGGUUAAAAUCUCAAUUACCCACACCCCAAUUUGUCAAUUUUUCCCCAAAAAUUUGUCGAAAAUCCGAUCUUUUGAUCCAAAAACCCCUUCAAAUUUCAAAAUUUGAGGUUAAAGGUUUGGGUUUUGGUAAUGGGUUUUUAAAAGACAGAAAAUCUGUGAUCAAGUGUGAAGCAUAUGAGGCAGAUCGGUCUGAACCCAUUGAUGAUGGAGUAGUAGAGGUUCCUGGUGAAGCUGCAAGGAAGGUUAAAAUUGGAAUUUACUUUGCAACAUGGUGGGCUUUGAAUGUUGUGUUCAAUAUUUACAACAAGAAGGUUUUGAAUGCCUUCCCUUACCCUUGGCUAACCUCAACUUUGUCCCUUGCUAUGGGCUCUUUGAUCAUGUUGGUAUCUUGGGGAACUAGGGUUGCUGAGGCUCCUUCUACUGAUAUUGAUUUCUGGAAAGCCCUUCUCCCUGUUGCCGUGGCACAUACAAUUGGGCAUGUAGCCGCCACCGUCAGCAUGUCAAAGGUUGCUGUUUCAUUUACACACAUUAUUAAGAGUGCUGAACCUGCUUUCAGUGUGUUAGUCUCAAGAUUCUUGUUGGGCGAGUCAUUUCCAUCAGGAGUGUACUUGUCACUAGUUCCCAUCAUUGGAGGUUGUGCGCUUGCAGCUGUCACCGAGCUUAACUUCAACAUGAUUGGUUUUAUGGGCGCGAUGAUAUCAAAUUUGGCGUUUGUUUUCCGCAACAUAUUUUCAAAGAAAGGCAUGAAAGGGAAGUCGGUUAGUGGGAUGAACUACUAUGCUUGUUUAUCAAUUCUGUCUCUCGCACUUCUCACCCCAUUUGCACUCGCUGUGGAGGGUCCCAAGAUGUGGGCAGUUGGAUGGGAAAAGGCAGUUUCUCAAAUUGGACCCAACUUUAUUUGGUGGGUAGUCGCCCAGAGUGUAUUUUAUCACCUCUAUAACCAAGUGUCAUACAUGUCACUAGAUGAGAUCUCUCCUUUGACGUUUAGCGUAGGGAACACAAUGAAACGUAUAUCUGUCAUUGUGUCCUCCAUCAUUAUUUUCCGAACUCCUGUUCAGCCAGUAAAUGCACUUGGAGCUGCCAUUGCAAUCCUCGGGACCUUCUUGUAUUCUCAGGCUAAGCUGUAAGGAAUCGGGAAAUCCGAGUUGAAUGUAGAGCUUAUGUGUGUUUACAAGAACAAAGCUAUUUGGUGGUGGUGCUCAAUUUGAAGGAUUUAUGGCCACUGGAUUUUGAUAAGGCUGGAUUGGCAUGGCUGGUUGGUUUAUGUGUAGAUAAUAAAAAUAGUAGGAUUUUUAUAAUAAUCAUACAGAACCGUCCUUAGCAUGGAGACGACGAAAGCGGAUAAAAUUUUAUGUUUUUAUGUGGCUCAUGAGUGAUCUUUCAAGUUUCAAAUAAGACAAGCCUGAAAACUUCGUCUAUCUUUUGGUGCAAAAGUGCCCAGUAUUACUAUAAUUCACUUGUCAUUUAUGUGUGCUUUCACAGUUAAUUUUGUUUUGUUAUUAAGUGAAUUGUUCGAGUCCCGGGACGAUUGUGUAUCCUACAUGAAUAAUUCAAUUACACGAGUAUAAAUUUGUUA